AUGCCAUUCGUUGGCGGCGACUCUCCUCCUCCCGCCCGUAAGCGGCGAUGGCAGGAUCACGACAACGACGAUACGCGCGGCGUCCUUUCGCUCUACCGUAGUGACGAAACCUGCUCUCUUGGCGGCAGCCACCCCUUUGUUCUCUCGACUCGGAAGAUGGCCGCGCCUGUAUCCAAACGCACGCGGCUCGACAUGGACGACGACGCCAGCCACCUAUACAACACCACUACCAACGGCAACAACCCUGGCUUCACGCCAUGCCAUCGCCGUCGGACCUCUCAACAAUCGCAAAAACACAAGUCGCAGCAGACUACACUUGUAUCGACGCCGCACCGGCCCGCCAAGAACACGGUAGCGCCGUGCCACAUCUGCCACCGACGACCGACCAAGAAGUCGGGCCUUGACUCGUUUGCCCAGUGCGAGGGCUGCCAGGAGCAGACAUGCUUUGUUUGCAUCCGUCAGUGCCACGGCCGGGGCGAUAUGGCGUUGGUCCUGUCCGAGCAGGAGGCCCUCUCGCGGUCGUUCCACAUGGAGGACGCCGAUGCCGACGCCGAUGCCGACGCGGGCGAUGACCCUGAUGGCCGGCCGCCAGCGCCGCCGCAGAAUGAGAAGAUGGAGCAGAGGCUAGGUACGGCUCGGAAUUGGGCGGCGUGCGGGCAUCGCUCCGUGGUGUGCAGUCGCUGCUGCGUGGAAAAGGGACCGGAAGGCGAAGUUGUCUGCCUCGGUUGUUUAUUUGGAGAUAAAUCAGCGAACGAUAUGGCAUUGUGA